GUGGUUUGAGCGUGUCAGCAUGCUGGUGAUUCUGCUGAACUGCGUCACGCUCGGCAUGUUCCAGCCCUGCCAAGACCUGGAGUGCAACACUGACAGGUGCAGCAUCCUGCAGGCCUUCGAUGACUUCAUCUUUGCAUUCUUUGCUGUGGAGAUGGUGGUUAAAAUGGUGGCCUUGGGUAUAUUUGGUCCGAAAUGUUACCUUGGCGACACCUGGAACCGCCUUGACCUCUUUAUCGUCAUGGCUGGGAUGCUGGAGUAUUCUUUAGAUGGUCAUAACGUUAGUUUCUCAGCCAUCAGAACCGUGCGGGUUCUCAGACCAUUACGAGCCAUCAACAGAGUUCCCAGUAUGCGAAUCCUGGUGACGUUGCUGUUGGAUACUUUACCGAUGCUAGGAAACGUCUUGCUGCUUUGUUUCUUCGUGUUUUUCAUCUUUGGGAUUGUUGGCGUGCAGCUGUGGGCAGGGCUUCUGCGCAACCGCUGCUUUUUUGACAACAACGUCAGAAUGCUGUAUAAUGUUUCAGAGUCUGUGAGUGAAUACUACAGACUGGACGAAGCAGAUGACAUCCCCUUCAUUUGCUCCACCACUCGGGAGAACGGAAUGUUGCACUGCUCCAACAUCCCGAAACGCAGAGUUGGACGGGCUGAUUGUGAACUCACGGCUGAUAAUGUCACAGAUCUUGUUUUCAAAGAUCCCCCUCAUCAUGGAUGUGUAAACUGGAACUUGUAUUACAACAACUGCAGUGCAAGCGAACACAAUCCGCAUAAUGGGGCUAUCAAUUUUGACAACAUUGGAUAUGCUUGGAUUGCUAUUUUUCAGGUCAUCACGUUAGAGGGAUGGGUGGAUAUCAUGUACUAUGUCAUGGAUGCACAUUCAUUUUUCAACUUCAUCUAUUUCAUCUUUCUUAUUAUUGUUGGCUCCUUCUUCAUGAUCAACCUGUGCCUGGUCGUCAUUGCAACACAGUUCUCCGAGACCAAACAACGUGAGAACCAGCUGAUGCAGGAGCAGCGGGCACGUUUCCGCAGUAACGAAUCCACCUUAGCUAGCCUGACCGAACCAGGAUCCUGCUACGAAGAAAUGCUGAAAUACCUCGUCCACGUUUGUCGUAAACUUUGCCGUCAUGCCGCACGCCUCUAUGGUGAAUUAUGCCACAAAAGACACAGUGGUGUGGCCAAUCCCAGCAGCUCCCUCUCAGUGGGCGGGACUAAUGGCUAUCGGAGUGACAAUGGGACAAAAAUGGGUCCGACCCAAUACUGUAUGCAGCAUUAUCAUCAUCCUCCUCAGCAUCAACAUUAUAUCAGUAAUGGCAUAGAAAUGAAGACCCUUCAUCUCGAUAGAGAUGCUCAGAGUUCCAAAAAGACUCCAUCGCUUCCACUUGCACUACAGAAUUUAAAGGGUUUGAGGCUCGGUAUGAACUAUCCCACCAUCCUGCCCUCCAAACUAUACACAAACCCACAUACUCGCUCACACUCGACAGGUGGAGUCAAAGCACCAGCUUUCCAUCAUGGACUGAAUGGCAGGAAGAUUUCCAUUUGUAGUGGAUACCAUGAUACUUACAAGUUGCAGCAUGGUGUGUAUCCGGGCACAUGCUCGAGUGUGUGUGUGGACAGCAGGGUUGGGCUGGUGUCUUCAGAGUCGUCCUCCUGCCCAAUUUGCGCCCUGGAAGGCGACGGUGUUAAUUGCAACUCCAACACUGAGUCGGACCGUGAGAAACAGGGGCCAGACGUCAGCUCAGAACAGAGCAAAAGAAACCAGGAUUUGGAAGAAAAGGGGUCUGGGCAUGAGAAUUGUGUGUGUAUGUGUGUACAUUAUGCCAGAGCCAUUUUGAGACGGAUUGUGGACAGCAAGUACUUCAACAGAGGGAUAAUGAUAGCAAUCCUUAUCAAUACACUCAGCAUGGGAGUGGAGUACCAUGAGCAGCCGGAGGAGCUGACAGACGUGUUGGAGAUCAGUAAUAUUGUCUUCACUAGUUUGUUUGCGUUAGAGAUGCUCCUGAAGCUUUUGGCCUGCGGUCUGUUCAACUACAUCAGCAACCUAUACAAUAUCUUUGACGGCAUCAUCGUUACAAUCAGUGUGUGUGAGAUCGUCGGACAAGCGGAUGGAGGGUUUUCGGUUUUGCGGACGUUUCGUUUGCUCAGGGUACUAAAGCUGGUGCGGUUCCUCCCAGCUCUGCGCAGGCAGCUGGUGGUACUGAUGAAGACCAUGGACAAUGUGGCCACAUUCUGCAUGCUGCUGAUGCUCUUCAUCUUCAUCUUUAGGUGUAAGUUUACUCUGCGUUUGGAGAAUGGAGACACUGUGUCAGAUAGGAAGAACUUUGACUCACUCCUCUGGGCCAUCGUCACCGUGUUCCAGAUUUUGACCCAGGAGGACUGGAAUGUGGUUCUGUAUAACGGCAUGGCCUCCACCUCCCCCUGGGCGGCUCUGUACUUUGUGGCCUUGAUGACCUUUGGGAAUUACGUCCUCUUCAACUUACUAGUUGCCAUUUUAGUAGAGGGCUUUCAAGCUGAGGGUGAUGCUAGCAGAUCAGACACUGAUGACAUGUCGUCUGACUAUGGUGAUGAGGACAAACUGAGAGAACUACUGAAUUCAGGAUCAGAGAUGAAAAUGCAGACAUUAAUGCCCAUCUCCAAUGGACAUCUGGAACCUCGAGCAUCCAUGCCACCUCACAACGCACACAUACAGCUGAACGCCACACCCAGAACUGAGGUGUCACACAUCUAUAGCCAAUCACGGCGCAACAGCAACACCUCCACCGAGCCCCAUGACCAAAGAUCCCUGUCCAGCCUUUGGGGAAGUCGCCGCUCCAGCUGGAACAGCCUUGGCCAUGCCCCCAGUCUAAUGAGACGUGCUCAGUCAGGGGAGCGUGAGUCGUUGCUUUCAGGAGCGGGACAGGACAGCAUGGAUGACAGCCAAUCAGAAGAUGGGAAAUCCAGCAGGACUGGCAGUCUGGGCGGAGUUUCAUGUCUAGGGUCAUUUGAUUUUCCAGAGCUCCUCCAGGUUCCACGCCCAUAUUUGGAGUGUAAUGGCAGAUUAGAUGGAGGGUAUCCAUCCUCUCCAAACAUUACACGUCCUGAUCCACCAUCCACACAGGGGGCGGAUGAUGAUGAAUUUGAGGAGAGCUGGUGUCUGAUUGUGAAGAGACUGUUGGAGCCGUAUAAACCCCAGUGGUGUAGAGACCAUGAGGAUUGGUCACUUUACUUAUUUUCCCCCCAAAAUAAGUUCCGAAUGCACUGUCAGAAGGUCAUCACUCAUAAGAUGUUUGAUCAUAUUGUGCUGUUCUUCAUCUUCCUUAACUGCAUCACAAUCGCUCUAGAGAGACCUGACAUCCAGGCUGACAGCAUGGAACGGAUUUUUCUUAAAGUGUCUAACUACAUUUUCUCUGUGAUCUUUAUGGCUGAGAUGACUGUGAAGGUGGUUUCUCUUGGGCUGUAUGCUGGUCCAGGCUCGUACCUGAAGAGCAGCUGGAAUGUUCUAGACGGCCUGCUGGUAUUUGUGUCUAUUGUGGACAUCCUGGUCUCUCUCGCCUCCUCUGGCGGGAACAGAAUCCUGGGUAUCUUACGAGUACUUCGACUGCUCAGAACACUAAGACCCUUGAGGGUCAUAAGCAGGGCUCCCGGACUGAAGCUGGUUGUUGAAACAUUGAUCACAUCUCUCAGACCUAUUGGAAAUAUUGUGUUGAUCUGUUGUGCUUUCUUCAUUGUCUUUGGCAUUCUGGGAGUUCAGCUCUUUAAGGGGAAGUUUUAUCAUUGUGAAGGCUUUGACACUAGAAAUAUCACCAAUAAAUCUGAAUGCCUGCAGGCUAAAUACAAAUGGGUCCGUAGGAAGUACAACUUCGAUAACCUGGGUCAGGCACUGAUGUCAUUAUUCGUCCUGUCAUCUAAAGACGGCUGGGUCAGCAUCAUGUACGAUGGCUUAGAUGCUGUGGCUGUGGACCAACAGCCCAUAAGGAAUCAUAAUCCCUGGAUGCUUCUGUACUUCAUCUCCUUCCUGCUGAUCGUCAGCUUCUUCGUUCUGAACAUGUUUGUAGGUGUGGUGGUGGAGAACUUCCACAAGUGUAGACAAGACCAGGAGGAAGAGGAGGCCAGACAGAGAGAGGAGAAGAGACAGAAGCGCAUGGAAAAAAGACGCAGGAAGGCGCUGCAGAGACCGUACUAUGCAGACUACUCUCCAACAUCUAUCUAUAUUCACACAUUCUGCACUAGCCAUUAUCUGGACCUCUUCAUCACCAUCAUCAUCGCCAUUAAUGUGCUCACGAUGUCAAUGGAGCACUACAGACAACCCAAGUAUCUGGAUGAAGGUCUGAAGUACUGUAAUUAUUUCUUCACACUGGUCUUUGUGAUAGAGGCUGUGCUGAAAUUGGUUGCGUUUGGCUUUAGGAGAUUUUUCAAAGAGAGGUGGAAUCAGUUAGACUUGGCAAUUGUUCUUCUCUCCAUUAUGGGCAUCACACUUGAGGAAAUUGACCUGAAUGCCUCACUACCCAUCAACCCAACCAUCAUUCGCAUAAUGAGGGUGCUGCGCAUCGCCAGAGUGUUGAAGCUGUUGAAGAUGGCCACAGGAAUGAGAGCUCUUCUGGAUACAGUAGUUCAAGCUUUACCGCAGGUUGGUAAUCUGGGUCUGCUAUUUAUGCUGCUGUUCUUCAUCUAUGCGGCGCUGGGAGUUGAACUUUUUGGCAAACUUGAAUGCACUGAGGAGAAUCCGUGUGAGGGAUUGAGCAGACAUGCUACAUUUCAGAAUUUCGGCAUGGCAUUCCUCACUCUGUUCCGUGUUUCCACUGGAGAUAACUGGAAUGGAAUCAUGAAGGAUACCCUGCGGGAAUGUAAAAAUGACAAAUGCCUGAGUUACCUGCCGCUUUUGUCGCCUCUGUACUUUGUGACAUUCGUGCUGAUAGCACAGUUUGUGCUGGUGAAUGUUGUGGUCGCUGUGCUCAUGAAACAUUUAGAGGACAGUAACAAAGAUGCCCGUGAGGAGGCCGAGAUGGAGGCAGAGUUGAAGAAAGAGCUUCAUGGCAGUCGUAGACAAAGCACCGCCUCUGUAGGCGGAGCCACUGGGCUUGAGGUUUCAGCUGUUAAAAUGGAGACUUUCUCACAUGAACAGGGCCAAGACCCCAAUUAUGGCAACUUCCUGACAGUUAGCAGGCCAUCUAUAUCACGGAUGCUGUCCUUACCUAAUGACAGUUACAUGCUCUAUCCUGUUAAGCCUGUAUAUAGGUCCAUUCAGGAGAGAUUCUCCAAACAGGACUCUACACUACCAGGCUCCUCUCUCUCACUCGGCACCCAGCCCUUUGAAGAUAGUGCCGUAAUGCAGGUUCCAGGAACUGCAUCUCAGACAAACCUGGCAUCCAUUCCUGGUCCCCACCCUCUAAAUCAAAGAGCAAGAUCUAGCAAUGCCUUCAGAGCCCUGCGGAGACAGCAAGCAAUAAAGAGUGACUCAAUUGAUUCCACAAACGCUGACUCCAGAGAUACCUUACACAUCCCGAGCAAGCCCUGCUCCAUUGAUAAUCUUCAUCUCAAAGUACCCAGCAUUCCCCUCACCGGUGGAUCUGCCCCCUGUUCGCCCCAGGCCUCACCCCCGCCUCCCCUCCGCAACCGGACAGCGAGCAUACAAACAAACAGACAUGUGUACAGCCAGCGCAGCAUCCCCUGUCGACAGGCCUCGUACAAGACGCAAUCUAUUAAACCUCUUGAAAUAACACACGCACAAACCAAACUACAGGAUUCGGAUGAGGUGGUCCGACUCAACAUGAACAUUACCCAAAGAAGAGCCUCUCAGCGUGUGGCGCGCAGCCAUAAUUUGUCCCCUUACGAACCCUUGCACGGUGGGGCGGCCCGCCAACCGGAUACCAGCGCUCAAAGUCUACGGAAGUACAACAGUAUGGAAAAUAAUGGCUUCCUAUCUCAACUCCACAUCCCCCGGCGUCACUCGACGCACGGGGAAGAGUUACUGCUUCAGAAGCAGCCAAUUUCACCAUCACCUGGACCUUCUCCAAUGCCCAAGAAGGAGAAAAUGAGCCCGCCGUGCAUCUCCAUCGACCCUCCUACCGACGCGGAGUUUCUCUCGCCAUCGGUCAGUCAGGAGCAUAGCACAGUCCUAAGACGGCGGACACCAUCCUUCGAUUCCGCACUACCACGGGAGUCCAUAGAACUUCCUGAUAUGCAGGAUGAACCUCUUUUGCCAAGUCAUUUGCCCCUCCCACAAUUCUCUUUUGACCAAUCGGAUGUAUGUUCGCUGAGCAGCCUGUCAGAACUGCUUUCGGAUAGUGACCAGUCGACGCACUCCUUCCCUCCUGAGGCCCGUUCGGGGGUCGUGGGAGAUGCAGCUCAGAGUCCACUCAGGAAGAAGGUAUUGGUCAGAAUGGCCAGCACUAGGGAUCCAGGAAAUGAGGAUUCGGUUGCCUAG